AUGAAAAGGUCAAUUAAGUCGCCUGCUUCCUCUUCCUAUUAAUUUCUCGAUAAGUUAGGUGAAGGGUAAUAAUACUAAUCAUCAAUAAAAUAGUGCUUUUGGUUACAUUUGGAAGGUAUAACAUAUUUCUAGUGGUUAAAUAUUUGCUUGUAAACUGGUUAAAAAUUCUAUGAGAAAGGAAAAAAAAUUACUACAAAGAGAAAUACAAAUCUUACAAAUCUUGAAAGGCAAAAAAGGUAUUUGAAUAAUAAAAGCAUUAAGGAUUUACAUAGUUAUUUGCAUCUGGUUCUGAUUAACAUAAUACAUACUUUGUAAUGAAUCUAAUGGGAGAAAACUUGGAACAAUAUAGAUAAAAGUAAGGAAAUUUUAAUAAAAUCUUACCUAUUGGAUUGGAGAUCAUCAAAAUUUUGAAGGAGCUCCAUUCGUUAGGAGUAAUCCAUCGUGAUAUAAAACCUGAAAAUUUUGUUAUGCAAGAUAAUAAGAUUAAUCUGAUUGAUUUUGGACUUUCUAAAAAAUAUAUUAUUGAUGGUCAUCAUAUUCAUUAUAAAGAAAAUAAAGGAAUGAUUGGAACUGCUCGAUAUGCAUCAAUUAAUGCUUUAAAAGGUAUUGAAUAAUCUAGAAGAGAUGAUUUAGAAUCAUUAGGGUAUAUGCUCAUAUAUUUGCAUUAAGGCAAUUUACCUUGGUAUUCAAUAAGUGAUUAAGAUAAAGAAAUUAGAUAUUAAAAAAUAAAAAAAAUGAAAAAGGCAUUAAAAAUUGAUAAAUUUUUUGGAUUGCCUAUUCAAUUAUCUAUAUUUAUGGAAUAUAUAAAAGGAUUAAAAUUUGAAGAAGAUCCAAACUAUGAAUAUUUGAUAUCUCUAUUUUCUUAAGAGGAAAGUGGGGCUCGUUUAGCAUUAUAAUAUUUUCAACCAAAACCUGCAAUUAGAUUAAAAUUUAUUUAAAUGUAAAGAACUAGUUUUCGUUCCCCUCCAAAAGAAAUUAAUUCAAGCAGAAAAGCCAGUUUUGAAGAAUCUUCUUCAGCUGGAUCUGAUAUCCAAGAGGAACUUCAAGAAUCUAUUUAACUAAAAAAUUUUAUUGUUGGAAUCAAACAACCAGGUGAUAGUCCAAUUUAUGUUAAAUAGAGCUGA